AUUAUUUUCUCCCGGCGGCACGGCGGAGGGGUCGGCCGGAUAAAAGCGGCCUUGCCCCCCGGUGGAGAGGUCAGUCAUAGCGCACCGGCUCAGCAUGAUGCUGUGGACUGUUCUGGCGGCGGCGGUGCUGGCGGCGGUGGCGGCUGCGCCGGGGGCGGCUGGCCCGGGGACUCUGGAGGACUGCGUUACCAGCGAGGACGCGGCUCUGUGCCUGAAGGAGCGCGCCGUGAGGCUUCUGGACUCGGCUCUGGGUCAGCCCGAGCUGCCCCUGGUGGCCGGGGUGAGCCUGGUGGGGCCCGCGGAGCGAGGGGCGCGCUCCCUGGACGAGGCCUCGCUUCCCGCGGACCCGGAGGAGCGCGACUCCCAGGUGGAGUCGCUGCUGGUGGACCGCGUCGCGACCUUCCUGCAGAGCCGCACGCUGCAGCUGAGGAUGCCCGAGGCCGCCGUCGAAGAGGUGCGGCGGUCCUUGGACGAGGCCCGCGGCAAGAAGAAGAAGAAGCUGAAGAUGCUGCUGCCGCUGCUGAUGCUGCUGAAGAUGAAGGCGAUGGCGCUGAUCCCGCUGGCGCUCGGAGGCCUCGCCCUGCUGGCGCUCAAGGCGCUGGUCGUGGGCAAGCUCGCCCUGCUGCUGGCCGGCAUCAUCGGCCUGCAGAAGCUGCUCGCCGGCAACAAGCAGAGCUCGCAGACCUACGAGGUGGUCGCCCACCCCACCUACUCGCACUCGCACGUCAGCUCGUACGGCGACGAGCACGGCCACUACGGCCGCGCGCUCGGCUCCGACCCCCAGCAGCUGGCCUACGCCGCGCACAGGCCCGAGUGACGGCGCCGAGGCCCCUAGCCGCCGCGCCGCUGCGCCCACAGACCGUCGCUUCUUUCCGGGCGAGGUUACUGGGCGGGGCUGGUCACCCCCCACCCUGCGACCGCUAAUGAGCUGCCAAUCAACCAUGGCGUGUUUACCUGUCGUCGCUACUUUCCGGCGGGAUAAACCCCCCACCCUGCGUCUGCUAAUGACCUGUCAAUCAACCAUGGCGUGUUUCCCUGCUGUCGCUUCUUUCCAGGCAUGGUUACUGGGCGCGGCUGGUCAACCCCCACCCUGCGUCCGCUAAUGAGCUGCCAAUCAACCAUGGCGUGUUUACCUGUCGUCGCUACUUUCCGGCGGGAUAAACCCCCCACCCUGCGUCUGCUAAUGACCUGUCAAUCAACCAUGGCGUGUUUCCCUGCUGUCGCUUCUUUCCAGGCGAGGUUACUGGGCGCGGCUGGUCAACCCCCACCCUGCGUCCGCUAAUGAGCUGCCAAUCAACCAUGGCGUGUUUACCUUCUGUCACUACUUUGAGGCUACUUGCCACCCCUUGUUUGCUAAUUAGCUGCUAACCAAUCAUUUAAUGUUUUCUUUGUCUGCGCAUUCCAUAUCAGCGUCCUUCUGAUCACGUCUUAUUCAGUCGCUACUGUGAGGCGAGGUUAUGGGGCCUGGCUAGCAUUCAUUCCCACUGCUAUUUUUGCCUUAUCCCACUCUACUUACAUUCCGCAAGAUGAGGGGGGGGGGGCGGACGACAUAAUGUGAAACUCAUGCCAUUCGAUUUCAUUAACUGCUGAUCCAAUUUUUCUACAAGUAAUUCCAAGAUUAUUUGUAGAAAUCGUAGUGAUAAUCUAUUCAGAUAAAUUUGACGAUGAACGUAAUCAAACAUAUUAAACGAGUCGUGAAAACCAAAGAUUACAAUUUAAAAAAAAUCUUCCUUCUCUCAUCUCCAAACUCAAAGAAACACGACAUGCUCACUGGGCUUCACUUCAGCGAAACAUCAGUCAGCAAGAUCAAAACAGUUAAAGACUUAUAUUUAUUGCGGCUGCUGGUGACGUUUUUGUAAAAUGUUAUUACCAUGUUUGUAACUGUUGUUAAAAAUAAGUUAACUAUUUAUGUGAAAAUAAUUAAUAAAUAUUUUUUGUAUA